GUCGGUGAAGCCCAAGUUUUUAAUUUAGAGGCCCAAGGCAGGAAAACCACCUCCUGUUUUCCAUCGAUUUCAUUUCAUCUUCAAGAGUCUGAAACUUUUGCAUCUUCUCAGGCUUCAAAUACAAACUCAAAAAAUCUCUAAUGUUAUUACUAAGAGACAACCUUUCUAUACCAUUUCUGGUAUUAAAACCAAAAUCCCAUCUUAAAAACCAUGUUUUUCACGCCAAAAAAGAAACCCAAUUUCCAAGACUUCCACUUUUCAGAAAAAAAGACUUCCUUUCCUGCAAUCUCAAGAUGGUCAAUGGGGUGAGGUUUGAUGUUCCUGUAAUGGAUGCUAAUGAAUUGGAAGAUGGUGAUUUGAUGAUGGAGACCUGCAUUACACGCACUUUGCCUCCAGCUUUGACACUUGAGCAUGGUCUCCAGGGUAUUAAAGAGGUGGUGGAGGAGUUGAAGCUUAAUCCUCCUUGUUCUUCUUCUGGGGUUUUGAGAUUUCAGGUUGCUGUGCCCCCCAGUGCAAAAGCGUUAAAUUGGUUUUGCUCUCAACCAGAGUCUUCUGGUGUUUUUCCUUUGUUUUUUCUUUCUAAGGAGAUGAAUAGUCCAACAUGUAAAUCAUUAUACCUGAACACAGCUCGUGGAGUUUUUGGAAUUGGAGCUGCUGUUUCCUUUACAAACUCUUCUUGUGUCCCAGGAGAGCUCGGUUCCAUCAAAAGGUUAAGAUGUCUCUCAAAUGAUUCAAUCCUUAUGUCAACUUAUGGUUUUGUGGAUAUUAAUUUCAACACGGAAUUGUCUUCUGUUAAGCACAUGGCUGGUUCUUUUUACUUUUUCAUUCCUCUGAUUGAGUUAGAUGAGCAUGAUGAUAUCUCUAUUUUAGCAGCCACAUUGGCAUGGAGUGAUUCUUGCUUGUGUACAUUUGAGCAGGCCAUUCAUUCUUAUGAAUCAGCCCUUUACCAGGCAAGUUCUCAUUUUUGGCCCGCUACAGAGAGAUGCCACUCUGAAGGCAUAAGAGCUGCCAUUAGAAAACUUAAUGUGGUUGAGGAUAAAACCGUGCAAAUGGUAUAUAUGAAUGCUAUCUCAUUGAGCGGAAGGGAUUUUGGAACUUAUCCCAUGGAACUGAAAGGGGCAUCUUCUUUCAGGCAGUUCUGUUGCAAGUUUUCGCCAACUGUUGGUGUUGCCUGCAACAUGUUGGAUUGUGUCAGUGAAAUGACCUAUUGCAUUCAAGAUCAUGCAAAUAUCAAUGUUGUUUGGGCAUCAAUUAUAAUUGAAGAGUGCUCUCGCCUUGGUUUGACAUAUUUUUGUAUAGCUCCAGGAUCCAGGUCAUCCCCUCUUGCUCUUGCUGCUUCUCGUCAUCCAUUAGUAACCUGUAUUUCAUGCUUUGAUGAGAGAUCACUAGCAUUUCAUGCUGUCGGGUAUGCAAGAGGAUCUCAGAAAGCGGCAGCCAUCAUAACUACUUCAGGCACUGCAGUUUCAAACCUUCUUCCAGCUGUUGUCGAAGCCAGUCAGGACUUUGUACCACUUCUGGUACUCUCAGCAGAUCGUCCUCCAGAGCUUCUGGAUUGUGGAGCAAACCAAUCAAUCAAUCAGGUUAAUCAUUUUGGUUCUUUUGUAAGGUUCUUCUUCAGUCUUCCUCCCCCCACUGAUCAAAUCCCUGCACGGACGGUGCUUACCACACUUGACUCUGCUGUUCACCGGGCAAUGUCUUCACCAAUUGGUCCUGUUCAUAUUAACUGUCCAUUUAGGGAGCCAUUAGAUGAUAGUCCAAAAAAUUGGAAAUCAAGCUGUUUGGAAGGACUAGAUACUUGGCUGUCUAAUGCUGAACCAUUUACCAAGUAUAUUCAAGUGCAACAUUCUUAUUUAUAUAAUAAUGGUACUCAUGGCCUAAUGGCAGAGGUUCUAGAAAAAAUUCAAAGGGUUGACAAAGGGCUGCUACUCCUUGGUUCCAUCUCUACAGAGGAUGAGAUAUGGGCAGUUCUUCUCUUGGCAAAAAACCUUCAAUGGCCUGUUGUGUCGGACAUAUUGUCCGGCGUAAGGUUUAGAAAGCUCUUGUCUUCCUUUCCUGAAGUUGAAGAGAAUAUCUUUUUCAUUGACUAUCUUGACCAUGCAUUGCUCUCAGAUUCAGUUAGGGAUUUGGUUCAGUUUGAUGUGAUUGUUCAGAUUGGUAGUCGGAUAACAAGCAAGCGUAUCUCUCAGAUGCUUGAGAAAUGUUUCCCAUGCGCAUAUAUCUUGGUUGACAAUCACCCAUGCCGUCAUGAUCCUUCACAUUUUGUGACGCAUAGAAUCCAAAGCUCUGCCAUUGAAUUUGCUAAUAUUUUACUGAAAGCCCAAUUUCCACAUAGAAGCAGCAAAUGGCGUGGUGAUCUUAAAGCAUUGAAUAUGAUGGUUGGACAGGAGAUAUCAUUUCAAGUUUGUGCUGAACACCGUUUGUCAGAACCUUAUAUAGCACAUGUAAUUUCAAAGGCACUUUCAGCUGAGUCUGCUCUUUUUAUAGGGAACAGCAUGGUAAUACGUGAUGCAGAUAUGUAUGGAUAUAAUUGGACAAGUGAAAAUCGCGGUGUUGCAGAUAUGGUGUUGAAGACAGAAUUACCAUGUAAGUGGAUAUCAGUUGCUGGAAAUAGGGGUGCUAGUGGAAUUGACGGUUUGCUCAGCACAGCUAUUGGUUUUGCUGUAGGAUGCAAUAAGCGAGUGCUAUGUGUGGUUGGAGAUAUUUCUUUCCUUCAUGAUACAAAUGGAUUGGCAAUUCUGAAACAAAGGAUGUUGCGGAAACCAAUGACGAUACUUGUGAUAAAUAAUCAUGGUGGCGCAAUAUUCAGCCUCCUCCCGGUUGCAGAUAAAACUGAACCAAGAGUGUUGAAUCAGUAUUUCUACACUUCCCAUAACAUUUCAGUCCACAAACUGUGUGAGGCACAUGGCGUGAAGCAUUUGGAAGUAAAAACGAAAAUGGAACUACAUGAUGCUUUACUCUUAUCUCAGCAAGGAGAGACAGAUUAUGUCAUUGAAGUUGAGAGCUCUAUUGAUGCUAAUGCCACUUUCCACAGUUAUUUAAGAAAAUUUGCUUGCCAAGCAGCAGAUCAUGCUUUGGGUAUCGUUUCAAAACUUUCUGUUCCAGAAUCCACGUCACAAGGGUGCUUUCAUUGCAAAGUCCAUUCAAUGAGUUAUUCGCUCUAUAGAAUUUCACUUUGUGCUCCACCUACAUCAAGUAUGUUUGAUCAUGGCUGCACUAGAUUUUAUAGAGAAGGUUUUAUUUUGUCUUUGACUCUUGAAGAUGGACAUAUCGGGUAUGGAGAGGUUGCGCCUCUUGAAAUUUGCCAUGAGAACCUGCUGGAUGUAGAAGAGCAACUACGUUUUCUUUUUCAUGUGAUGAAAGGAGCUUCACUUAAUUAUUUUCUGCCAAUGCUCAAGAGUUCAUUUUCUUUUUGGAUAUGGAAAAAUUUAGGAAUUCCGGCAUGUUCACUCUUUCCAAGUGUUAGAUGUGGUUUGGAGAUGGCAAUCCUCAAUGCUAUAGCAGUAAGCCAAGGUUCAAGUUUAUUGAACAUACUUCAUCCUCAUAGGGAAAGAGAAAAAGAAAAAUCUGAAAGAUUGUCAAGCAUUCGGAUAUGUGCUCUUAUUGAUAGUAGUGGAACCCCAGAAGAGGUUGCUUGUAUUGCUGUUGGUCUUGUGGAAGAAGGAUUUACUGCAAUUAAGAUAAAGGUUGCACGUAGGGCAGAUCCUGUCGAAGAUGCUGCUGUUAUACAGGAAGUAAGAAAGAAGGUUGGUUGCUGUAUUGAACUUCGUGUGGAUGCCAAUCGUAACUGGACGUAUGAGCAAGCUAUUCAAUUUGGCUUCUUGGUGAAGGAUUGUGACCUGCAAUAUAUUGAGGAGCCUGUUCAAGAUGAGGAUGAUAUUAUAAGGUACUGUGAAGAAAGCGGCUUACCUGUGGCAUUGGAUGAAACUAUUGAUAAUUGCCCAGAAAAUCCUCUGAAUAUGCUUGUCAAGUAUAGUCACCCCAGAAUAGUUGCUUUGGUCAUUAAACCAACCGCAAUUGGUGGAUUUGAAAAGGCUGCAAUGAUUGCACGAUGGGCACAGAGACAGGGAAAGAUGGCCAUAGUUAGUGCUGCAUUUGAAAGCAGCCUAGCUUUGUCCACAUAUAUUCAGUUUUCCUGUUAUCUGGAGAUGCAGAAUGCUGACACAUGCAAAUUGAUGAAUAAUAAACUAGCUCCUUCUGUAGCUCAUGGUCUUGGGACAUAUCGCUGGCUUGAAGAAGAUGUAACAACUGAUGUGCUUGGCAUUGGUUGUAAUUCAUUUACUGGCUUUAUAGAAGCAUCUGUUGCUGGUGCUACCCAUCUCCUGCACAAAUUUCAAAUGAACCACAAUGUUAUUCAUAGAAUGUUUACUGGUGAAGAGGUCCUAAGAUACCAGUUGACUCUGGAUUCAAAUGAUUUGUCCUUUUCCAUCAAUGUACUAGAGAUUGGUCAAAGAAUUGAGGGUAGUUUGAUUGUAUUUCUUCAUGGUUUUCUUGGAACUAAUGAGGAGUGGGUUCCUAUCAUGCAUGCCAUCUCAGGAUCGGCAAGAUGCAUUUCAGUCGACUUGCCUGGCCAUGGGGUAACAAAGAUAAAGAAUCAUGGUGAUGACAAAGAUGCACAGCCACCAACAUUGUCAAUUGAGAUAGUUGCAGAUUUGCUGUCUAAAUUAAUUGAACACAUCACUCCGGGUAAAGUUACUCUUGUUGGAUAUUCUAUGGGAGCAAGGAUUGCAUUGUACAUGGCACUUAUGUUCAGUGAUAAGAUUGAAGGGGCAGUUAUAUUAUCUGGAAAUCCUGGAUUAGAAGAUACAGUUGCAAGAAAAAUUCGUAGGGCUAAAGAUGAUUCUAGAGCUCGCUCUCUUGUUACACAUGGUUUAGAGCUCUUCUUAAACACCUGGUAUUCAGGAGGCUUGUGGAUGAGCUUGAGAAGCCAUCCCUAUUUUAACCAAACUGUUGCUAGACGGUCACUGCACGAUGACGUGCGGGGUCUUGCGAGAGUUUUGUCUGAUUUAAGCACUGGAAGACAGCCGUCAUUAUGGGAAGACUUGAAGCAUUGCAAAAGACCUCUUAUGCUUAUUGUUGGAGAGAAAGAUGAGAAAUUCAAAAAGGUGGCUCAAAAGAUGUGGCACAAAAUUGGUCAUGGUAGUAUCGACAGAGAUGAUCCAGUAAGCAAACUCCAUGAGAUGGUUGUGGUUCCCAACUGCGGGCAUGCAGUCCAUUUGGAGAACCCUCUCUCCAUCAUCAGGUUAGUGAGACAAUUUUUGACCCGUCUAAAAAAUGCUCAGUUCCAAUAAAAAUGCGUCAUAUAUUUGGAGCCCUUGACAAAAAUGCAUACUUUUCUGAAUGUGAUGAAAACCAUUAAAAUUCAUGUCAAGUUGGAUGAAUAAGUUUUCAAGUUUGUUCAAAAUGUUUGUUCAAGCUUUGGUCACUGUCAUUGUGCAAGGAAAUUGGCCAUUAGCUAUGUAAUAAAAGUAUAAAACUGCAAUUGGCUACUGCCAUCGUCUUGCACCAGAUCUAGAACUAACCUCAAUGGUUUAUGUAGCUAUAAAUCUUGUUCUGUUUUUAGUGAGAUCUGUUGACUUUGAAUAUCAUUCCGUUGUGAAUAAACCAUCUUAUCAUAGAUUCUUGUGAAUCUUGAAAUUAUAUAAUAAUGGAAAUAGCAACUUUAGUCAUCUUUAUAUCUGGUUUACUUGUAAGUUUUAUUGGGCUUGGCUUCGGAUAACCCCCAACAAUUAAGAGAUCCAUUCUAGAAAAAGGGCACUAAUUGAGGUAAUAAGCCUCCCAACAUAUCCAUUUCCCCAUCUAUUAUCAGCAUGUGCGGUUGCUGUAACGAUUUUUUUCUUUGGUUUUUUAUAAUUAUCGUGGUUCUAUCCAUUAAAGUGUAUUCUCUUGAAGACGGAUUAAAUGGCUAAGUUGAUCUAUUAAGCA